GAUCGGGAAAGGGGGGCCACGGCCGUCGUGGGGAUCUCCGCCGGUGGCAAAGGAGGGACGAAGGGCCGAGAGAGAGGGCGCCCCAGGCGAGGAGGGAGGCGGGGGCGGAGUGGGAGUAGCGGAGGAGCGCGGCGGCGGAGAGGAGGUUAAUGCCCCUCCCCCCCUUCCUCUCCUCCUUCUCCUCCUCCGCCGCCGCCGCCUCCACCCUCUUCGUCGAGCCCAAGCUCCGGCCCCUUCCCUUCUCCCCCCUUCCCGCCUCGCCCAGCCUCGCCUACCUCAUCUCCGGCUUUUCCGGCGACGGCGGUGCGCUCCUCCGCGCCCUCCUCACUCUCUACCACCCCCGCAACCGCUACGUCGUCCACCUCGACCUCGACUCCCCCGCCGCCGAGCGCGACGCGCUCCGCGACAGCCUCACGCGCCACCCGGUCCUCGCCGGCCGCCGCAACGUCAAGAUGAUCUUCAAGGCCAACCUCGUCACCUACCGCGGCCCCACCAUGGUCGCCAACACCCUCCACGCUGCAGCCAUGUUGCUCCGCGACACCCCCGAUUGGGACUGGUUCAUCAAUCUCAGCGUCAUUUUAGGCUAAGAUAGAGAGGAGAGAUGGGAGGGAGAGAGAGAGAGAGAGAAAGAGGGGGCCCCACCUUAAGAGAGGAAGAGAGAGAGAGAGAGAAUAGGGAGGGGUUAUCUGUAAAGGCAAAGAGAGUGCUAGUUGGCAAUAUCUUGGUCCAAGUCCAACCUUAGGAAGGAGCCAGGAAUAUCCAAGAAUAUCUUGGAAAUAGAAAAAAAAUUUUUGGGGAAGGAGUUAAGGAGUAUCUUACCUUCCCAAGACAUUUUGGUAUGAGUGGGAGGAGAGAGAAGAAAAGAAGAUAUGAAAGGAGAAGAGAAGAAAGGAGCAGAUUUAGAGAGAGAAAAAGUGAGAAAAAGGAUGUAUGACUUGGAAGCGUUAAAAAAUGCCACGUACAUCUUUUGAGACUGUCAAAUUAUAUAUUUGUAGUAGA